AUGUGUUUUACACGAGGCUGGGAACAGUUCAGGAACUACCAUCAGGUGAGGGGGGGAGACUUCCUCGUAUUCACAUACGAAGGUGGUGUGAGCUUUGAGGUUGACUUAUUAGACAUGGAGGGAGUUGGUAGGACUGAGUUUGAGGAGAGAAAUGAACAAAUAACAGACCCCGACAUGGUUGAAAUGAGUUCUGAUGAUGAAGAUGAUGAUAUUGAUGAAGAGGCUUCAGAACAUGAUACAGAGAGGCAUGAUGUUGAGGGGGAAGGUGAUGAGGAAGUGGAAGCUGCAAAUGGCAUGUCCUGCAUAAUGACGGUGGGAAACAGCAUCCCGACCAUACCAAGACCCUUCUUUGAAAGACAUGUAGUGCAAUUUAAGACCGAUAUCAUGGUGGUUGGCCCGGAUGGGACGGAGAGGGUGAUACGUACCUUCAAGAAUAACAAUAGUGUCAGAUUUGGAAAUGGAUGGGGGAACUUAUGCAGUGCAUACGACAUCCAACCCGGAGACAUGCUGAUGAUGGAGGUUAUUGGCCAUAAGAGGUAUAGGCUUGCAAUAACUCGUCCACGAGCGUGCUGA